AUGUCAGAGAGCAUUUUUAACGAAUGGUUUCACAAACAGUUUGUGCCCGAAAUUAAGAAGCAUCUAAAGUCCCAGAACCUUCCAAUGAAAGCACUCUUGAUCCUCGACAACGCAACAACGCACCCGGCUGUAGAUGUCAUUCAAGACGGAGAAAUUAAAGCUAUGUUCUUGCCCCCUAACGUAACCUCCCUUUGCCAGCCUAUGGACCACGGAGUUUUGGUAACGCUUAAGAAGUUGUAUAGGAAGAAACUCCUUUCAUGUCUCAUUCAAGCCCUAGAUGAAGGAGUCGAAUUAGUGGAUAAGUUAAAAAAAAUUGAUAUGCUGGAUGUUGUUGGCUGGAUUUCCCAGGCAUGGGAUGAACUCAAUCCCCUAACGCUCGUGCGUUCUUGGAGGAAGCUCUUGGACCACCAGGGAAAUGAGUUCAACGAAGAAAUUAAAGAUGACGAGCUAGCCACUUUAAUGGAAAAAAUCCCAGGUUGUGAAGAAGCUUCACCUACAGAUGUUUUCGAGUGGAUGGAACAAGAUGAAGAAAGCGGACCAACUUCAGAGGAAGAAAUAGUUGAUGCUUUAAAAUCAAGAAGAGGAUAG